AUGUCUCAUCGUGUUCCUGCAUCACAGGCACAUUUUCACUUCAUGCACCCGAAGACUGGGCAUCUUCCUACUCAAGAAAGCGACAGGUGCAACACGCAGCUAUCCAUCCUUCAUCCUGAAUCCGUCUCAUGCAACUCGACAAGGACCUUUAGCGGGAGUUCGGCGCCCGCAAAAAAAACUUCCCUCCGCGGCACCACUUCCAUUUCUACUCAACCCAAACUCCGGGCAAAGCGUUCAGCCGAGUUGAAGACGUCCGGUUUCUCCUUUGAGUCCUUGACCGAGUCCGAGUCGAUGGCAAUUUUGCUGUACCGCGAUAUUUGCGCGUGUCGCGAGGGCCACCGCGGCGGAUUCCCUGACGAGCUGCUGCUCUUCUCCGCGUUUUGCGGCCCGCCUCGGAGGGAAGGGAAAAGACAAAGGGCGGCGGGACCCCACGGCGUCUCGUCCCCGGCGCUUUUGCAGAUUUUCCUGCAGACCCGCCUACUUCCCGUGGAGGAGGUCCGCCGGAAUGGCCACGGGGCCGCCGUCUCGGUCGCACGUUGGGUGGCGGAGCACUGCUACGGCUGCCUGGCCAGACAGGGGCCCUCGGCCUCCCACACCGUUGAUGGGGGAAGGGGAGAGGAAUGCGGCGAAGAAGGGAAGGUCCCGUUGAUGCCGCGGGAGCUCCUCGCGGAGGUACUGGUCAUGCUCGCGCGCCGUGGAUGCUUGGGCGCCGCGGACGCACCAACUUGGCUUUCUAUCAUCCUUUUUAAAGUCCAGGAGCAGAUUGCUGCGGUGGCGGCAGACGCCCUGGGGGAUAAUUCUGCCAAUCCCACAGCGUUCUGGGCGGCAUGGCAAGCAAAGUGGGCCCCGACGCACUCCGCAGCUUUUGUGAAUCCCUCACAAAGUGUCGCGUGGCUCGGAUGGAGGCUGUCCGAAGACAUCGUGCGCACCGUCUAUGCGCUGCAGGCACUGAGCAAAGAUGUUGAUAGUGCUCGGAGUGGCGGGGAAACUAUCAAGAAUUCCGUGUCCUCCUUGUCAACUGAUUCUGGACUGGAUAUUGAUCGUGCAUCUCAUCAAUCGUCUUGGGUUUUCUUUUCAUUUCAAUUUUUUAUGCAUACUUUAGGGAUAGCGCUACACGAAUUGGGUUUGUUACGCAAUGAUGAAAAGACAAGCCUGUCGCUACCUGUAGUCCCCAAUGCAGUGACCGUGGACCGAAAAACAAGCGAUGAACUUUUGGUACCUCAAUCUACAAGCGAUUCGAAAGGUCCAACCGCACCUAUUACAGCAGAAACUUCAGCCUUAGAAACAAAAUCCUAUGAUGAUUCUUGCUCCUCUUAUUGGGUUGAUAUCCUUCUUCAGACAUGCUUUUUAAUAAAACAUCAUGAAGAGUUCCAUUUACCGUCUACAUCGUCACAGGAAAAUGCAUUAUCAUUUCCUUUGAUGGGAGGAGGCGGAAAAGGCGAAGCAUUUUCUCGAGGGGGUCCGAAGAUUUCGCAGCAAAUGGUUGGUGGAAGCGAAGAAGAAAAACGGAUAAGUAUGCUUUUAAACCAUAGAUGGUGCGAGUUUACUAGAAUGGUGUGCUCGAAUAUAGCAAAGCUACGUGCGCAUGAUGUUCGUACGGCAAUCCUCGUUGAUGCAUUGCUAACAUGA